ACACAAAUGGCGACUCGAGAGGGAGGAAAUUCGCUAGUAGACCAAUUUAUUGCAAUAACAGGUGCUGACAAGGUUGUAGCAGAGCGAUUACUGGAAGCAUGUAACGGCAACUUAGAGAUGGCCAUUGGCAUGCAUAUAGAUGGUGCUGCAGGACAAGAGGAGCCGGUACCAACACCUGGCACAAGUAGUCGAGUCUCAUCAGCACCAAUUCAAGAUGACGAAGAUGACAUCAGAGCACCAGAUCCACAGAAGCAUGAAGUUCUUGUGCACGAAUCCUACAGCUUUGGUUUCCGAGGACGUCGAAGAACUACAAGAUCUGUGUUUGAUGGAUUCAGGGAUUUUCAGGCAGAAGCCAGGCAGCAAGAACUAAUGCAGGAUGAGGGGAAGGUGCAUAAGAGAAAAACUCUGGAAGAUCUUUUCCGUCCACCUAUUGAUCUGGUCUUCAAAGGAACAUUCCAUGCUGCCAAGGAAUAUGGCAGCACCAAUAACAAGUGGCUGAUGGUGAACAUACAGAAUGUCCAGGAGUUCUCCUGCCAGGCGCUGAACAGAGAUGUGUGGAGUCAUGCUGCUGUGAAAACUAUCAUACAGGAACACUUUGUUUUCUGGCAGGUAUACCAUGACAGUGAAGAGGGGCAGAAGUUUAUCAGGUUUUAUCCAGUGGACAAGUGGCCAUAUAUUGCUAUCUUAGACCCUCAGACAGGUGAGAAGAUGGUGGUGUGGAGUAAAGUGGACCAUGUUUCCUUCUGUGAUAUAGUCACAGAUUUCCUGACACACCACCCAUCUCCAGAUGGCAGUACAGCCACGUCUCCUGCCAAGACAGUCCAACGCAGUGACAGCAUCAUUGAUGCCAGUGAAGACUCCCAGAUGGCAGCAGCUAUCCAAGCAUCUUUAAAGUCUAAUCAAGACAGGCCAUCCAAAAAUACCAAAAGCAGCCCAUCAACAGUGACAUUAGACUCAGACUCAGAUUCUCAGGAAUUUAGUGGCUCCGAACUGGAAACUUUCUCAGACUCUGACGUUGAAGAUUCAACUCCCAUGAUAAAAAGUGGGAAAGAGGAAACAAAGUGUUCAAAAAAAGACAAAACCACUUCUAACCCGGACGGAAUCUCAAAUGGGGUUAAUAGUGUGAGGAAAGGGAAAGUUAAAGACACACAGGACUCUCAAUCUGGAGAAACAGAAAACAGGAAAAGAAAAAGUUCCUCGGACUUUAUUGGAAGUGCAGAGAAAAGGAUGAAAGAAUCUCAGAGUAGUAAACCUGAAAGAUGGAAAGAUUUCUUGGGACCUGACACAGACCCUCCUUCCAAAGUAAUUGUAAGGUUUCCUGAGAACAAAAGGGAGACCUUUGAAGUCCCGUGUUCAUCUAAACUCAGGGCCCUGGUGCUAUUUGUGGAAGAGCACGGCUUUCCAAACGAGCGAUAUGAGAUGGUGACAACAUUUCCUAGGAAGAAAAUAUCGCACAUGGACUUUGACGACACUUUGAAACAGUGUGGUCUUUUCCCUCAGGAGACUGUGUUUGUACAGGGAAGAUCUUAGUUACAGUUACCUAGGAAACUGUUUGUAUAGGGAAUAUACCAUAGUUACAGUUACCUAGGAAACUGUUUGUACAGGGAAGACCAUAGUUACAGUUACCUAGGAGACUGUGUUUGUACAGGGAAGACCAUAGUUACAGUUACCUAGGAGACCGUUUAUAGAGAAUAUCAUGUGUCUCAGAGAUCAUAGAUAUGGUGCCAGAUGACCUUCUUUUUUAAUAUUUCCUAUGAACUAAGAUUUAGGAUUUAACUGUUGAUAUCAUUUUAAGAUUAUAGUUCUUAAGCAUUUGUAUGUAAAAGCUGUUUUGUAUGACGAAUAUCAUAUCAGGAAUAUUGUAUAUACUUUUCAACCAUAGUUAUAACUUGAUAUGUUGUCCUUGUAUAUAGUUAAAUUUCAAAAUGUAUAGAUUACUGCAUAGUUUAGUUGAGGUUAGUUUAGGUUAGUAAAGAGGUACACGAUGCUUUCAGAGGCAUUAAGACAGGUCACACCUGCAAAAAAGUGAUGUUUCUGCCUCCUUUGGUUUGUUAGUUUUAUCCAAAAAAGAUACGAAUGGAGUUAAGUAAAAUUUUCAAUUUCGAUUAGAAAUGUCAGAUAGAUCUUGGUGAAGAUCAAUCCAUUAAUCAGUUAGUAAUGAGGAUGUAGCCUCUUUGGCAGAGGUCUGCGUUGUACCAUUUUUUUUUUUUUUUUUUAGUUUUUGCAGUUUUUCUGAUUCUUAUAUUACCUCACCUUGAUUCUGCUCAGAAGUUUUAUUAACAUUUUCAGCCUCUUCUGGUUUGGCGGAGGGUGCCUUCAGAACCAGUUGAUCCGAAGACUAACUAGUCCGUGGAUCAAAUUUGAUGUGACCCACUUGAAAGCGAGCAAAUAUUCAAUUGCUAUUCCCCUAUAUAUUUUAUAUGGGACGGCAAGCAUGGGAGGCAGGAAUCCACUGUUAAGUGCACGCCAUAUUUGAUAUGGGGUCUAAUUAGUCAUCGGAGCAACUUGGUUGUGAAUGCGACCAAAGAGUCAUAAUAAGUAUCAAGCAUAACCUAACAGAUCAUUUUAUUAAAUGAGGAUCGAAAAAGAAAUUUUUUUAUUGUUCCCUCUACCCCCUUUUGGCAGAAAGCUUAAUAUAAUUUGUUAUAUAUAUGUAUAU